AUGAUUAGUUGGUGACUAUUGGUGGGUAGUAAGCAUUUGGUAUAAGCUGACCGAUAGUUAACGUUGACCGAUAAAAAUCUCCGAUGGCGACCAUCACCACCCCCGCUGCUUCCACGGAAAAACUACUCUCUGAAUGGCUGCCUCAAGUGUUCAUCAGUUUCCGGGGGGCUGAUCUUCGCCUUGGCUUCAUAGGCUUUCUGAAGAAGGCCUUGAGGGAGAAUAAUAUAAAGUACUAUAUCGACGAGGAAGAGCCCAGGGGGGCACGUCUUGAGAUCCUUUUCGACAGGAUCAAGGAGUCGCAAAUCGCACUUGUGUUCUUCUCGAUUCAGUACGCAGAGUCAGAGUGGUGCUUGGACGAACUGUUGGAAAUUAUGAAGAACAUGGAGAAAGGAAAGCUCAGAGUUAUACCCGUUUUCUUCAAAGUGAAGCCAGAGGACGUGAAAGGGCAAAAGAAAGAGUUCGGUGUUGCGUUAUACGGAGAAGGUCGACGUCGGAGACCAAGAAUGCCUCAAUGGGAAGACGCUUUAGAGUCUGUUCCAACAAGGAUGGGGUUGGUAUUCGCUGGACCAAGUUCGGAAGCCAAUUUCCUCGCGGAGCUCAUCCAGAGAGUAAAGGAAGUGGGAGCCAUAAUUUUAUCCGAAAGGAGAGUGACUGCUUCCAGUUUUUGGAAUGCUGCUCUGGGAAGUAUUGCACAGAGUACUAAGGUCCUUGCAAAAGGAAGAUAUAAGAAGCUAUUCCGAGACACCUUUGAGACAGUUCCCGAAGAACAACUGCUAAAUUAUUUUGCGUGUCACUUAUCAACAUCAGUUGGCCCAGUUAUGGGAGUUCUAAAUAUAUCUAGUGCCAAACUUGCUUACUGUAGUGACAAACCUAUCUCGUAUGAAAAUGAUGGUCAAACCCAAUGGAGCUAUUACAAGGUAGUUAUCCUAUUACAUGAACUUAAAGAAGUGAAUCCAGCAACAAGCACGAUCACUCCUGUAGAGAAGUACAUACAAGUAAUCUCGGUAGACAAUCAGGAGUUCUGGUUCAUGGAGUUUUUAAACUACGAAGGCGCCCUCACAUCUCUGCAAGAUUUUUUGCAAGCCGGUGCUUUACGAUCGCCGGUAGUGUGAUACACACUUGAUGACUGAUAACCAUAAAAGCUUGUUGAUCUGCUACACCAUUUCUUGCUUAGUCAUUUCAGAAGACUCAUAUAUUAACAUUAUUUUAACUUUACAAAUUUAAUGUUUACCCUUUGAUAUUAUUUAUUUGAGAACACCUUAAUUGCAAUUCAUUUUUGGCCUCUGUCUA